GUAGAAUCGCUUUAUCCUCGUCCUGGAUGGGUUGAAUUAGAUCCUGAAGUGCUGUGGAGUCAGUUUGUUGAUGUAAUAAAAGAGGCUGUACGAGCUGCGGGACUUCACAUGAGGCAAAUUGCUGCUCUUGGUAUCUCAACACAGAGAGGAACCUUCAUUACAUGGCACAAGAGGACAGGGAAACCUUUUCAUAAUUUCAUAAGUUGGCAAGACUCAAGAAGUGCUGAACUUGUGAAUUCCUGGAAUAAGUCCCUUCUGCUGAAGGUAAUCCAUGUUAUUUUUACAGUGCUUCAUUUCUUGACUGGGAAUGAUCGAUAUUUGGCACCAAGUUUUCUUACUUUUUCAACACAACACACUUCUAUGAAGUUGUCAUGGGUUUUUAAAAACAUACAUGAGGCUGAAGAAGCUGCCAAAAAAAAUAACUGCUGCUUUGGAACAGUUGACACGUGGUUACUGUAUAGAUUGACUAAAGGUUCUGUGUAUGCUACAGAUUACUCAAAUGCCAGUGCUACAGGUGUUUUUGAACCCUUUAUGAAAUGUUGGAACCCAACUUUGUGUAAUUUACUUUCCAUUCCAAUGUCUAUUUAUCCGCCAGUGAAGGACACAAGCUUCAACUUCGGAUCAGCUGACUCUGAAAUAUUUGGGGUACCUAUUCCAAUAAUGGCAGUGGUAGCAGAUCAGCAGUCAGCUAUGUUUGGAGAAUGCUGCUUUUACCCCGGAGAUGUUAAACUGACAAUGGGAACAGGUGGUUUCUGGAAUGUGAAUACUGGAGAGCAUCUCUUUGCAUCACGGAGAGGUCUGUAUCCACUGAUUGGUUGGAAGAUUGGGGAAGAAGUUGUUUACUUAACUGAAGGCUGUAUAUCAGACAUUGGCACUGCCAUAAAAUGGGCUCAGGAUAUAAAUCUUUUCACCAAUGUAGAUGAAACAGCAAAAAUGGCACGGAGUAUUAUUGAUUCUCAAGGCGUUUGUUUUGUUCCAGGUUUUCAGGUUUCUGUGAAUGACCCAUGUUUAUGUGCCUCUUUCAUGGGGCUGAAACCCUCCAUUACCAGAAACCAUCUUGUACGAGCUAUAUUGGAAUCUGUAGCAUUCAGAAACAAACAGCUUUAUGAUAUCAUUGUGAAGAAAGUACGCAUCCCUCUUCAAACUAUUCGAGCUGACGGAGGUGUCAGUAAUAAUAGUUUUGUCAUGCAGAUGACUUCAGAUUUAAUUAAUAAGAAAAUAGAAAAACCUGCAAACACAGACAUGUCUAGUCUUGGUGCAGCUUUUCUAGCAGGCCUUGCUUCAGGAUUUUGGACUGACAAAGAACAACUAAAGAAGCUAAGGCAAAUAGAAGCAGUUUUUGAGCCCCAGAAGGACUUGGAGGAAUACAAACCCGCUAUGGAUACCUGGCUACAAGCAAUGAAACACUCCCUGCACUGGUAGAAAUUGGCACUU